CACAAUCCCUGGCGCUUCCUCUUCCAGCAGCAGCCUGAGAUCAUGGCGGACGUGGCUGCGGAGCAGAAGCUCGUCCCAGACCGGGAGCUGAACGGGGAGGCGGAGGACCGGGAGGAGAACCGGGAGGAGGCCGAGCCGGUGGAGGAGACCGCAAAGAAGAAGAAAAAGAAGAAGAAGAAGAAUAAGUCUGCCACGACAGGCACCGAGGCGGAGACGGACGGAGUCGCCGUCGUGACCAAACAGCUGGAGAAGCAGGCGAUAGAGGACAAAGAGAAGGAGGAGGACGGCGAGGAAGAUGGAGAUGACGGAGAAAACACUGCAGGGAAAAAGAAGAAGAAGAAAAAGAAGAAGAAAGGACCCAAAACUCAGACUGAUCCCCCAUCUGUGCCCAUCUGCGAUUUAUAUCCAACUGGAGUUUUCCCCAUCGGACAGGAGUGUGAAUAUCCCACCUCACAGGACGGUCGCAGCGCGGCGUGGCGUACGACCAACGACGAGAAGCGGGUGCUGGAUAAAGCCAACGAGGAAGUGUGGAACGACUUCAGACAGGCAGCCGAGGCCCACAGACAGGUCCGCCAGCAUGUCCGCAGCUUCCUGAAACCCGGCAUGACCAUGAUCGAAAUCUGCGAGCGGUUGGAGGAUUGUUCCAGGAAGCUGAUAAAGGAGAACGGGCUGAACGCCGGCUUGGCGUUCCCCACCGGCUGCUCUCUGAACCACUGCGCUGCCCACUACACUCCCAACGCCGGAGACCCCACUGUCCUGCAGUACGACGACGUCUGCAAGAUCGACUUCGGCACGCACAUCAACGGGCGAAUCAUUGACUGUGCCUUCACUGUCACAUUUAACCCAAAGUAUGACAAGCUGCUGGAGGCUGUGAAAGACGCCACCAAUACUGGAAUCAAAAACGCUGGUAUUGACGUGCGUCUGUGUGAUGUUGGAGAGGCGAUUCAGGAAGUGAUGGAGUCUUACGAGGUCGAGCUUGACGGCAAAACCUACCAAGUGAAACCAAUCCGAAACCUGAACGGUCAUUCAAUCGGCCAGUACAGGAUACACGCUGGUAAGACUGUGCCCAUCGUUAAAGGAGGAGAAGCAACGAGAAUGGAGGAGGGAGAAGUUUACGCCAUCGAGACGUUCGGCAGCACAGGGAAAGGUGUGGUCCACGACGACAUGGAGUGCUCUCACUACAUGAAAAACUUCGACGUCGGCCACGUCCCCAUCAGGCUGCCCAGAGCGAAGCACCUGCUGAACGUGGUCAACGAGAACUUCGGCACGUUGGCGUUCUGCCGGCGCUGGCUGGACCGCCUUGGCGAGAGCAAGUACCUGAUGGCCCUGAAGAACCUGUGUGACCUGGGUAUCGUGGACCCUUACCCUCCCCUCUGCGACACCAAGGGCUGCUACACCGCUCAGUUCGAGCACACCAUCCUGCUCAGGCCCACCUGCAAGGAGGUGGUGAGCCGGGGAGACGACUACUGACACCCCCCUCCUCCUCCUCCUCCUCCCCACCACCACCACACAGGACCUCCAGACCCCGUUAGCAACAGAUAAAUCAGCUCAAACAGGGAGCGGUUGUCUCAGAGCAGCAGUGAAGGAUGCCAAAACGCUACUGUAUUCUACCCACAAUGCACCACUCACAGCUUGCAAUGAAGAAGGACUGGCUUUCUGAAAUUGCUGAGUUUUCUAUGUAUGUGUUUUAACACGGCUAAAGAAAAAGUGUAAACAAGGCCAACGAGUUUCUGUCUGUUGGAGGAGGCGUUGCCGUUUGCUCUCACUGUCCUGCGGACCUCAUUUUACAAAAAAACAUGAAAAAGUUAACUGUCAAACAGUUAAAAAAGUCUAUUUAAGCUGCCGCUGCGUUUAGUGCGACCCCAGUAUUCCAACUGAUGGUGAGCGUAGGAAACCCCUUCAUACCUCCCUGUUCAUUUUCAAAGUUUCUAUGGCGCCCCACUGAGCCUCCAGUGCUUCGUGCUUGAGUUAAAUUAAGCACAAACGCUACUGACGGGUUUAAGAAGUGGUCAGGCCAAAAUGCAUGGCCACGUAUCUCUCCGCAAACAGACAAUUCCUUACAUUUAAAGCUCGGGGUGUCGUCGUCGUCGUUAACAAUAACAAAUAAACGCCAUCUUCUUACAGACACCGUGCAUCUGCAGCUGUAUGUUUGGCUUUCUGUCGCUACAGGAGGGAACUCUGCACUCUGGCCCUCCAGUCAUUGUUUCUUUGAUAUUUGUAAAAUAUCUUUGGAAAUGGCUGCUGCCACUGUUCCCAAAAAUAAAGAAAUGCUUCAUUUUGAA